CUUCAACAUUUGUAAUUUUUAACAGUUUUUAACUAUCAAUGGCAUCAUCUCUCAAUCCGCCUACCCCAGAUUUAAAUGAAGUUCAAGAAAACUUCAACCAAACCGCCACUACUUGGAUAAUCAUCUCCGUUAUAUCGAGCUUGGUUGGGCUUGGAAUAAUUGGUUUUAUUGCUUAUAAAUGCGCAAAGAAUGGCAGAAAAGUGAUUGUGCAAGAUUUACAAACAGUGGCUGCUGCAUACAACAGGCCCCACAACACCAACGCGGUUCCAGUAUGGGAGGUUACUGCUCCCACCAUGGAGAAUUUCCUCCAAGAAAUGGCGAAGGAGAAGCCCGUCAGAUUCACAGCACAGCAGCUAUUUUCCUUUACAAAUAAUUACUCAAAUAGGUUGGGUUCUGGAGGUUUUGGGUCAGUCUACAAGGGUCAGUUUCCAAAUGGAGUAAAGAUUGCAGUGAAGGUUCUUAAGCGGAGCGAAGACAGAAGAGCUGAAGAUGAGCAGUUCAUGGCGGAAAUUGGCACAAUUGGAAGAACAUACCACAUAAAUCUGGUUAGACUUUAUGGUUUUUGUCAUGACCAGUACAUGAGCGCGCUCGUUUAUGAGUACAUGGAAAAUGGCUCCCUUGACAAGUACUUGUUUAAGGAGACACAGACAAUCGAAUGGGAGAAGUUACAUGAAAUCGCAAUCGGGACAGCCAGAGGUUUAGCAUAUUUGCACGAAGAAUGCGAACAAAGAAUCAUUCAUUACGACAUAAAGCCUGGAAACAUUCUAUUAGAUUCAGCUUUCAUCCCGAGAGUUGGUGACUUUGGACUUGCAAAGCUUUGUAACAGAGACAACACCCAUGUUACACUCACAGGAUAUAGGGGGACUCCUGGCUAUUCAGCACCAGAAUUUUUGUUGAAGAAUCAUCCAAUAACUCAUAAAUGUGAUGUUUAUAGCUUUGGAAUGGUACUGUUUGAGAUAAUUGGUCGGAGAAAAAAUGCAAGUGUCGGUUCUACUGAUAGCCUUGAUUGGUUUCCUAAACAUGUUUGGGAAGAAUAUGAGAAAGGUGAACUGGGUGCAGUGACAUUAGCUUGUGGGAUUGAAGAGAAAGAAAAAGAGAAAGCAGAAAGAAUGAGUAAGGUGGCAUUGUGGUGUGUACAAGACUCACCAGAGGGAAGGCCACCAAUGAGUGCUGUGGUAAAAAUGCUAGAGGGAGGAGUGGAGAUUGUGGCACCUCCAAAACCAUUUCAGUAUUUGUUCUCACUGGGAAUGGCUCAGCAUCAGUCAAAAGAAACUACAGAUGGUUCAAGUUACAGCACAAGUGAAGAAAGUCAGUCUCGCUGGUACAAGGAGACUACUCCAAUCAUGGCCAAAUAUGAAAUCCAGAUGGCUAGUUCUGUAUAAUAACUAAGCUAGUAGUCCCCCAAAAUGACAGAGCUUAUCUUAUUAUUGAAAAGCUUUUGUUUUACAUCCCUAUUAUCUUGUAAUAUAACAAGGGUUUAUUAUCAAAAUUAGAACAUAAAUUAUAAGAUCUGUGUUUUAAUAAGAUAAACCAAUGAAAAACCAAUUUACCUUGGUUUCUAUGUGCUCUUGACUGAGACGUGGUUCUUGUUGGCCGUAGUGCAAUCGUUAUUUAAUUUUUAUGCAGUAAUCUUUCAAUAAAAUUGAACAAUUA